AUGGGCCGCACGCCAGUCCGCAAGGCCGCACCUCAAUCACGCUCGCUCUCGUCCCGCCUCGGCAGCGCCCUCCCCAGCGGCGCCUCGACUCCCUCGCGACCCUCGCCUCUCCAGUUCGACUUUGCCCCGCCGACGACGACCGACACCGACAGCCAGAGCAGCAUGCCGGCCCAGAAGCGCACCUUUGACGACCCUGUCGGUCCCGCCACGCCCGCCUCGGCCGCAGCCAAGGACGGCAGCGGCAAGAAGCCUCGCCGCACCCGGCGCGGCGGCGUCGCCCACAAGCGGGCACGCGCAGCCGAGGCGACCAAGCAGGACGGCGGCGACGACGACGACGGCGGCCCAGCUGUCGAAGGCGACUUUGACGACCUGUUCAUGGUCGACACGACGCCGGCUGCCGUCCGCGAGCAGGACCGCUUCGUGCCCACGCCGUCGGCCGCCGCCGCCGCCACCGACUCGCCGCUCAAGCAGGGCGCCCACGGCGAGAACGGCGAGCAGGAGGAGGACAUGCUCACGGCGCCGGUCGCGCAGUCGGAGGGCGAGGCGCUCCCGGCGGACGAGCUCGCCGAGGACGAGGACGGCGACCGGACGAUGGACAGCGACGACGUGCUGCGGGCGUUUGCUCGCGAGGUCGCCGACACGGACGACGAGGACCUGUCGGACGAGUCGGACGAGGACGAGGACGACAUGCCGACCCCGGUCGUGCCGGCGCCGCUGUACGACAACGAGGAGGACCUGCAGAAGGCGAUCGAGGGCCGCAUCGUCGACGACAGCUCGGCUCCUGUCACUGGGCGGUACUACAAGGAGGCCGACCUCACCAAGACCUGCGUCCUCUGCGGCGAGCAUGGCCACAGCUCGCGCGACUGCACGCACUCGCAGUGCUUCGUCUGCGGCAAGAUCGACGCCGACCACGAGGCGCGCGACUGCCCCGUUGCGCUCGUCUGCAUGGCCUGCGGCUCUCGAGGGCACUUUGCGAGGGACUGCACCGUCAACCCGGGUGGCGGCGGACGAGGCUUUGGCGCGUCUCGGUGCUCGCUCUGCCCGAGCAACAGCCACAUGACGAUCAACUGCCCCUCGCACUGGCGCGUCUACGACACGUCGGGCCCGAAACCGCCCAAGCGCAAGGUCGUCCUCGCGUGCGCCAACUGCGGCAGCACAAGGGACCACUUCAUCGACGACUGCUUCCUCCCUCGUGGUCACCCGAUGAAGCACGCCGAGCCCUCGGCCUUCAACCGAGCCGCCCUCGGCUCCUCCUUCUCCGGCGCGCCCUACCCGUCCUCCUCCUCGGCCUCGGCCUCGGCCUACGGCGCCGCCGCGCCCUCGGGCCGCCGCAGCGGCGGCGCGACGGGCAAGCUCGACCGGCGACCGACGGGCGCGAGCGCGCAGCGGUACGCCGGCGCCGAGGACGACGACGACGACUGGUUCGCGAGCCGGUCGAGGGCGGGUGGCAGCGGUGGGCGCUCGGGCGGCGGCGGCGGCGGGCGAGGGGGCGCUGCACGAGGUGGUGGAGGAGGAGGAGGCGGUGGAGGGUACGGGCCCGGCGGCAGGGGGACGCACACGCACUUUGGCGGCGGCGGGAGCGACCGAGACGAUGGGCGGUCGCGGCACGACGGCCGAGGGGGAGGAGGAGGGAGGGGCGACUACCACGACCGCGACGGGUACUCGAUGUACCGCGGGUCGGGCAGCGACAGUCGGAGCGAGGGCCGGAGAGGCGGCGACGGUGGUGGAAGAAGGGACAGCGGCCGCAACGGCUCGGGUUCGAGCGGUGGCGCGAGGCUGCUCGACCGGUUUGGCGGCGGCGGCGACAGCGGCGGUGGACCCGGCGGUGGGCGCAGCGGCGGGCGCAAGCCGAGGUACCAGGGCGGGUACGUCUGAGCAGCUCUGCGCUGGCGACGAGGUGCAAAUCGCCGUUCUUGCUCUUCCUC